CGGUUCCGGCGACCCCGCGCGCGGCAAGCCCUAGGCGGGCGCGUCCGCCAUGUUUCCGCCCAAGGGGCCCAAUCCCUACGGGCAGCAGCCACCCUACGGCGGGCAGCAAUCCUACGGCGGCCAAAUCCCUGGUGGUAGUAGUGGAUUUGGGGCCUCAGCAGCGGCAGGUGCCCGGGCCGGACAGGGGGCUGCUGGGCAGUACGGAGGGCCGUACGCGUCGGUGUAUGGCACACAGCAGGUUGGUGGACUUGGUGGCAAAGGUCCGGAUUCUUCUAGUCAUCCUAGCCUGCCAGCUCAUCCAACUUCACUCUCUCAGGCAUCCAAGUUCUCAUCUGGACCUGCAGGGUCCAACCUGGCAAGACCAAACGAUGACUAUAUGGCUGUGCGUGGAUAUGCACAGAAGUUAGACCAGUAUGGUACUGAUUACACAUCAGAGAGAAGAAUGUAUGGUGAACACUCAACUAAUCUCGGCAGGAGAGAUGGCCUUACUGAUUUGGAUAGAAGAUAUCCUGAUCAUAUACCUGCAGGCCAUCAGAUUCAUGACCGUGUGGAGCAGGGUUCAACUAUGCGCCAUCCGCCACUCCUGAAAGCGCAGCUACCUGUGUCUGAUAUGAGACAAGCCGAUUACUUUGCAGGAAGGUCCGCUACAAUCCAUCAAGAAUCUCAGGAACUUGGUUCAUACGGAAGGGCUGAAGCUGAUCAUCGCAACUUGUCCAUUCUUGGGAAUGUUCCAUAUGGAGGACAACAGACAUCUUCAUUGUUGGCAGGAGCCCCUAGGACAAACAUUGAUAGCCUUGGCUAUGGACAAGGAUCAUCAGGCAGUGGGUAUGGGAUGAGUCUGCCCCCUGGGCGUGACUAUGCCUCGGGGAAAGGCCUUCUCCAUCCAUCUUCAGAUUCUGAUUACCGAGACAGCAUCUUACCCCGUGGACGUCCAGGCAUAUCCAUGGUCGAUGAACGUGCAAUUGACCGGGUUGGUUAUCGUCGUGAGCUGGAGCUAAGAGAUGAGGAACGUCGAAGGGAUCUCUUGCUGGAAAGGGAAAAGGAGCUUGAACGGGAACGCGAACGGGACUUGCGAGACCUUCGAGACCGUGAAAGAGAAAGAGACCGUGAAAGAGAAAGAGAGCGUGAAAGGGAAAGGGACCGUGAAAGAAUAAGGGAACGUGAAAGAGAAAGGGAGCGGGAGCGUGAAAGGGAACGCGAAAGAGAACGUCUUCGUGAACGCCGCGAGAAGGAGAGGGAGCGGAACAAGAAGCAUGUAGCUGAUUCAAGGCGAGAGCGCACUCCACCUAGAACCUCUGGCGAUCGACGGCGUUCUUCUUCUGUUAGGUCUGAGAAGCCUUUGCGGCGACCUUCACCUCGGCGUGAUGCUGUGCAUAGGCAUCGUUCACCUAUUAAAGAAAUAAAGAGAGAAUAUAUAUGCAAGGUUUUGCCAUUUCGUUUGGUGGAUGAUGAGAGAGACUGUUUAUCUUUGACAAAAAGAUAUCCUAGGCUAUCAGUUAUUCCAGAUUUUUCUAAGAUUGUACUAAAUUGGGCUAAAGAAAGCCUAAAUCUGUCUCUGCACACACCAGUGAGUCUAGAGCAUGCCAUCUGUGAAGAGGAUGAUAAGACUGAUGAAAGCGCAUUGGUAUCUUCUGUGGAAACAUCAAUCACAAAGACCUCCGAAACCAUUUGGAAUGCAAAGGUACUUCUGAUGAGUGGUAUGAGCAAUGGUGCCUUUGCUGACAUAACGUCAAUGAGAAGUACCGAGGAAAGAGUGGUGCACUUGAACAAUAUCUUAAAAUUUGCUGUAUUCAAGAAGGACCGUUCACUUCUUGCUAUUGGUGGCCCUUGGAAUGCAGCACUUGAUGGUGGAGAUCCAUUGGUUGAUUGUUCUUGCUUGAUUCAAACCGCCAUCAGACAUGUGAAGGAACUGGUUCAAGUUGAUUUAUCUAAUUGUACCAGUUGGAAUCGUUUUCUCGAGGUCCAUUACAACAGAUAUGGCAAUGAUGGACUGUUCAGUCACAAAGAAAUUACUGUACUGUUUGUGCCAAACCUGUCGGAAUGCGUGCCUUCAGUGGAUAUAUGGAAGAACAAUUGGAUUGCAUACCGAAAAUCAAAGACAGAAAGGGAGCAGCUGACUAUGAAGAAAGAAAAGAACCCAGAUGAUCCAAAGGAGCAGAAGCAAGGGGAGCCAAGCGAGGCUAAAAGUUCAAAUGACGAUCAAUUGAAGGAUGGUGAUAUUGCUGCCAAAAUUGAGAAAGUUGAUGCUGAUAUGGAACAGCAGGGCAAAGAUGGAGAUACCAAUCUUGCUGGUAAUGAUGGGGAGAAUCUUGAUAAAGUUGGGGAGCAAGUUGAGAAGAUGGUGGGGGUUGUUGAAGGAAACACUUCUGGCGACGCUUCUGUUGACCAUGUUACUGAGGAUAAAAAGCCCAUGAAAAAGAAAAUAAUAAAAAAAGUUGUGAAAGUUGUUCGAAAAAAGCCAGCUGGUGAGACUUCGGUGGAUAAAUCGCCUCAGGUUGGCAAGGAUGCUGUAGCAGAAACUCCAGGUGAAACCGCUGAAAAACACAUUGAACCGAAGAUUGAGGAUGUUGGGAAAGAGCAGGCCGGGUCUGGCAUCAGUCAGCAGCCUGAGGCCAAGAAAUCUGGUAAGAAGAAGGUAAUUCGAAGGGUUAUUAAAAGAAAAGUACCUGCUUCAGCGUCCGAGUCAACUGCCCUUGCUGCACCUGCUGAAACAAGUAAACAAGAAGUAGAAGUUCAACCGGAGAAGAAUGAUGAAGACCUCACUGAUGCUGGGAAUUCACAGACUAAGCUGGAAGAGGGAUUGAAAACUCCUCCUGAAGAUAUCUCAAAUCAGAAGAAAGAAGAAGGAUUGAAAACUCCUGUUGAAGAUACCUCAAAUCAGAAGAAAGAACAGGAGCUGGAGGUGAAGGGACACAUAUUGACUGAUGAUCAAAAGUCAAAUGUAGAUACGGUCAACCAGCAGGAAGCUGUGGACCAAAAAGAUGCAAAAGUUGAUGAAAAAAAUGGAAAGAAUGACAAGAAAAAGGAUGAUAAUGAAAAAAAGGAUACAGACCAGAAGGUGGACUCAAAGAAAAAGUCACCCAAUGACAUUAAAGAAAAGAAGAAGUCCGACGAACCUCCGAAGCAUCCAGGAUUUAUUCUUCAGGCCAAAAAGAGCAAAGAAUAUAAACUCCGUUCAACAUCCCUUUCAUUGGAUGGCCUCCUGGACUACACCGCCAAUGAUACAGAGGAGUCGGUAUUUGAGCUUUCUUUGUUUGCUGAAUCAUUCAGUGAAAUGCUUCAAUACAGAAUGGGUUGUGUGAUAUUGUCUUUUCUUGAGAAACUUUACAGGCAGUAUGUUAUGAAGAGGAACCAACGUAAGCGCGAAAGAGAGGAAGAUUUAAAGAAGGAAUCUGCAGAGAAGCGACUCAAGACAACUGAUGAUAACCUAACUAGGAGUACAUCAGUGAAUCCAGGUAAAAAUGAUGAAAUAACAAAGGAGGGUGGUGAAAAGAUAAUUACAGACAAUGCAGUAGCUGCCCAUGAGGGACAGAUAAAAGAGGGUGACAAGAAGAUGAGUACAGAUCACCCAGAGGCUGCCCAUGACGAACUGAUAAAAGAGGGCGAGGAAAAGACUGGCACAGACCAUUCAGCAGCUGCCCGUGAUGAACCUGAAGCUGAUGUGAAAAUGGAGGAUGAGGAUCCUGAAUAUGAAGAAGACCCUGAAGAAGUAGAAAUGUAUGAAGGCGAUGAGGACAUGGAUGAAGCUAGUGCUGAAGGGCUGGUAGAAGCACAGAAUGAGGAUAAGUCGAAUGAAAGAGAAACCAAGCCAGAAGAUGUAAGUCCAAAAGAUGAUGGAAACAGGACAACAGAGAAUCUAAAGUUGGAAAAUGUGGAUGAAAAAUCUGCUUUAGGAGAGGACAAACAGUCUGUAGCAGAGAAAGGAGAUUUGAAAGAAGUUGGAGAAAAGUCACUUGGGAAGGAGGGAAAGACGUCUGUAUCACAAAAGGGAGAUUCAGCAAAACAUGAGGUGGUUGAUAAGGACCUGUUGCAGGCUUUUAGGUACUUUGACCAAAACAGAGUUGGUUAUAUAAAGGUGGAUGAUUUAAGGUGCAUCCUUCACAACUUGGGGAAAUUUUUAUCCAAUAGGGAUGUGAAGGACAUGGUUCAAAUUGCUCUUGCUGAGAGCAAUUCUGCAAGGGAUGGUCGCAUUAUCUACACAAAGCUUGUGAAGAAAGUUGACUCCUGAUCUGGACCUGGAUUGACCCUGGCAGCCCGUUGAGAUGAUGGAACUUAUUCUCGAGACUUCUUGACGAUGAUGAGUGGAAAGUCAGCCAUGGUGAAUAGUAGUAGUGAUUUACUUAGUUACUUCCAUUUUGUUUGAAUGGUUACCUGAUCAUGAACCUAGCAACAUAGUAUUGUUUGUAUGUUGACCUACUAGGGAAUUUUCAUUAGACUUCUUGCGCACAACAUGACUUGGAAAUAAAAGUUUGUUCGUACUCUAUUUUCGAUUU